ACGAGUGGAAAAAAUAAAAACAGGACAGUGGCCUAUCCUCCUAGGCCUUCCUAUCGUUCGUACAAAAUAUUGUAUUUAAUUUAUUUUGUGACAAGGAACAAUGAUGUGAAGCAGAUUAGUCGCCCAUACCAUUAAUUACCGCCAUGUUUACUUCUUCUGGCUAUUUCCGAGGGGUAAAUUGUCCAUUCUAUAUCCAAGGCCGCGGCAUGUGUCGUCGGCCUUACUGUCACUUUAGGCACGUUCGAAGUUCCAAAGAAAUCUCUAAUGUUUGUCUAAAACCUGCUGAAAACGUCAGUGGCAAUGGAUGCUCAUAUGUGGCAACACCAUUGGCUAAUUGUCCCAAGAAAGGAGAAGCAAGUGAAAUCAAGGACAGUACACCAUCUUCAAGCAGUACUGUGCAGUACAAAGCAACUCCAAUACAAAAAGAUAAUUCUUCUGAAAUCAAAACUGCAAAUUCUUCUGAGGUGUCCUAUACCUACAAAGCCACAAGUCUAUAUGGUCAUUUUGGCAGUACUGAAUCCGUUUCUGACUUUAUAGUACCGGAGACAGAUGUUCCUGCAGACACUUCCAUCCCUGCAGAACUCCAAGAAAACAAUCCCACAAUCCCAGAAAAGAAUACCAAAUUCCUUAGAAGACCCUAUUCUCUACCAAACCCUGAAAAACACCUUGAUGAUGAAGAUAAUGUGUAUCAUUCAAAAAGAUAUUCUUUAGACAGCUUGGUUUCCACUGAUGUCAGUGAUAGUGAAUAUGACCCAAUUGUAGUGAAAGCAGCAUUUAAUAAAAAUGAAUAUGAGGAAAAAGACAAAUUUUCAAGUGAUGGCCAGUUUGUGUAUCAUGCAACAAAAAAAGAUACACAAGCGACCCAUAAAUAUGAAUCAACUCCAUCUUCUUCAGACAAUGAACUGACAUAUGACCCAGUUAAGAAUUAUUCUGCAAGCGCUUUGAUUGGAAAAGAUAGCAUGGCUUUUCCCUUGAUUGAAUGCGAAAAAUCAAGUAAAAGGGCUGCUGUAGAAGAUGAUGCGCAAAUACCCCACAAAAAAUCAAAAGCAAAUGAAGUCAUGAAAUUGAAUGAUGCACAGUUUAGCUCUGAUGAAGAGGAUGCGCCAAGCAAAGUAGAAAAUAAAAAUGAGGAAGGUAUCAAAGAUGAGAACAUGGAAACCAAUAAUGAAGAAAAACAUGUUCAAACAAAACCUAAGAUUUCCUCAGAAGAGUUAGCUGAAUUUUAUCAGAAACGUAUAGAUUCAAAAACCACCACACAAAAAGUUAAAAGAGCUAAGUCAUUCAGUGAAAUGAUCUCGGAGAAAAAUAAGGACAAACCUGCUAAAACAAAGUCUGAGAUCUCAGAGGAAAAGAGUGUUCAACAAGGAAUGCUCUCGCAGAUAAAGACAAACAAAACUGGUGAAACAAAACUUGAGACUCCAAAUGUGAAGUUGGAUGAAUUUAUUGACAAACUGAAGGUUGACAAAACUUCUACAAAGAAAGAUAAAUUAUCAAAGUUACAUAGUCAAAGGACCUCUGUGAAAAACAAUCAAAAGAAAAGUGAAGCAAUUGACAAGACGAUAAAAUCAGAGAAAAUCUCUGUGACUAAAGUGUUGAAAAAGAAAGGAGACUCAGAUAAGCUACAAAAAAAGCUAAUCAAAGAUUCCCCAAAAACAUCUAAGAGCUCAGUAUUGAAAUCAAAUAAACCUUCAAACGAUGGAAAAUCUGAAUCAUGUGAAACUUUGGAUCAAGCGUCAAAAAGGGAUGAUUCAAAAACAGCUACUGAAUCAAAACAGUUGAAAGUAAAAUCUAAAGACAUUUCUUCAAAUUCAAACAUUUUUGAUAAAUUGAAAUCAUGUGAUUUAAAAUCAGGUAAACAGAAUGUUUCAAAAUCUAAAAGUUCUUUAGUACACGAAAACAAUGGUAAAUUUAGUACUUCAGAAAAAUGUAGUCAAAAGGCAUUGGAAAAUGGGAAUUUUAUUGAUUUAACUAUUAGCAGUGAUGAAAGUCAGAAAGAAAAAGGUGAUAAAAUAUUGAAACAUGUCAAGGUUGUUGAAAGUAUGCCAGUGUUAAGUUCAAAAAAAGAUAUCUACAGUCCAUCAUCCAGUAGUGAAGAAACAAAGAAAAAGCAUGGAAUUAAACAAAAGAAGGUUAGUAAAAGCAAACCCGCAAAGAAAGAUGUCUAUAGCCUGUCAUCCAGUAGUGAAGAAUCUAAAUUGUUGCCAAAGAUACGCAAAAGGAAAAUAAGCAUUGAGCUGUUUGGUGAAGAUUCAGAUGAAGAAAUAGGAAUUGUAAAGCGAAAGAAGAUGGAGACUUCCACAAUAAUGACCAAUAAUGCGCACACUGCUAAGAAUGUUAUUGAAGAAGCCAUAAACAACAAAAAAUAUUCUAAAGACAAGACCAGGCAUCAAGAAAAACAGACUUUAAAAACUUGCUCAAAAGUGUCGGGAAAGACUACAACUAGCAAAGCAUUGCCACACACUCCGAGAACAAAUAAAAAUGAAAGGAAUAUUACAACAGAUAGUGAUUCAUCAACCGAUGGUCCUGACAUAGAUAAUGUUGACAUAUCUCUUAUUGACAGUUCUGAUAUUGCAAGUGACCUCACAGAUUUUGAGACAGAUACAUAUGAAGAAUGUUUGAGGAUUUUUAACGAAGAAACUCAAUUUAAAACUGAAGAAACUCCGGACAUUAAAAUGGAAAUCUCAUGUGAUUUGGUGGAUGCUUCAAGAACCGGUCGUAAAAGACAAGCCCAUGUUUCGAGGCAUGGUGAGAUGAGGCCUGAAAUUAAACGUCGUAUUGCUGUUCCAAGCCCAGCCCAGGUUUGUCACAAUCGCUACCUAAAACUCCAGAAGCUACUCGCCAGUAAAACUGCAGAUUCAUUGGAACCAAAGCCAUCACUUGCUCAGAGGCGACAAGCACAUCUGCCCAGUAGGGCUCCUCAAUCAGUUCAGUCAACUACAAAGAAGGUGGCACCAACACCACAUAUCAGCACAUCUAAGACUUCAACUGAUCGUUCAAGGAUUGUUGACAAGAGAGCUGUCACUCCUUCCAGUAACAAACAGAGCUCUAACUGGGUGACUAUUGCAGGAACAGCUGAUAAAACGUCCAAAAGAUUAGCUCACAUACCCAAAACUAAGGCUAGCAAAAGACCUCUUGUUCCAGUAGAGUAUGGUAAACAUAUACCAAAUGUUGUGCGCCAGCGAUAUCUAUCAAUAUUCAUUGACGAACUCCUGAAGAUAGGGAUUGAAGAGCAACAUGCAUUUGAAAAGGCUUUGGAAGAAGAGAAGGUGGCAUGCGAGAAAGCCUCAUCUAAAAACGUAUAUUUGAAUGUCUGUAUUAACACUGUAAAAAGGAUAAGGACAAUGAACUGUAGAAACUCUAAAGGAAGUCUGUCUGUGUCCCCCAAGAAAACUGUGUCACAUUUGGCGAACAUUGGAGGCAAACUUGCAGCAAAAACAAGCUUCAGUUUUGAAGAGAGGAUAAUGGCAGAUCCAUCAAAACUCGGAGGUUUAGCUUUAUAUAACAAGUUGAAGAAAUACAUGAUGUCAGAACAAGAACUGAAGGACAAUGGUUACCCUAGAUCGGACCCAGACAGAUCAGGCAAGGCUAUCGUCUACAAUGAAGAAAAGAAAGCUGUCAGGUCUUCAGAUCCAAAUCAUAACAUAUGUACACGAUGUGGCAAAGCAUUUUUACGCAGACCCAAUGGAAGCUACAUAACGAAAGAGGAAUGUGUAUAUCAUUGGGGGAAGCUUUGGAAAAGAAGAAUUGCUGGCAGUCUUGAGUGUCGAUACACUUGUUGCUCGGGCGAUGGAGAAGCCACAGGAUGCUGUGUUGCCAAGUUACACGUUACCGAUGACAAGUGUGGUAACUUUGAGGGUUUCAUGAAAACUAUUGCAAAGUCACCAUUACCGAAUCAAAGUCCAGGAGUGUUUGCAGUUGACUGUGAAAUGUGUUACACUAACAAGGGUCUGGAGUUAACAAGAGUUACAGUGAUUGGAGAAGAAAUGCAGAAAGUUUACGAUAGUCUAGUUAAACCAAGCAACCCAGUAAUCGACCACAACUCUAGAUUCAGUGGGAUUACAGAAGACGAUAUGAAGUCUGUUACUACAACCAUACGUGAUGUUCAAGCGGUGUUACUUAGUCUGUUUAGUGCUCAGACGAUUCUCUUAGGACACAGUUUAGAAAGUGACCUGUUAGCUCUCAAGCUUAUCCACAGUACCGUAAUCGAUACAGCCAUUGUGUUCCCUCAUCGACGAGGGCCUCCUUUCAAAAAAGCUCUCCGAACAUUGAUGGCUGAUUGUCUGAACAAGAUAAUACAAAAUAAUGUUGAUGGACAUGACAGUACAGAGGAUGCCAAAUCCUGCCUGCAACUCAUGUUAUGGAAAAUAAAGGAAGACACUAAAAUUAAGGCACAUUCUUAAAAUAUUGAUAACGAAUGAACACAAUUAUCAGCAAUUAAGUUUUCAUUGUGUACUUAAUUGUUUUAUUUGGCAUUGUAUAUUCUACCAUAGAGAAAUGAUUACACACUGUUACUGCAGGCACUGCUAAAGCAUCCUUUAUGAAGGAAGCUGGUAUUUUAGCUAUUUCUUGGAAAAUGGCAUUUUUACUUCGAAGAUGAAAACUAAUUCCACUGGGCAGACAUUGAUAUUUACAUUAUCGUCAUAGAUGUUGGAAUCAGCUUUGGUAUCGUGAUAAAAAAAAAAUGAUCUACACAGUUUAUGUCGUCACCUAGAUGGUGGUGUGGAGAGAGAGAAUAUAUCCAAUGUGUACUAAUUGUGGCGUAAAAUCAGGGGUGAAUGCGUAAUAUUUCAAAUGUUUUGUAGGGUAUAUGCACCAAAUCAGAAUAAAUAAGUUGGGAGCAAUAAUGAGGGGGCUAGAGCUUUUUUUUUUUUUUUUUCUUU